AUGACAAACAAACAAUUUGGUUCGGUCGUAGGGCACACCACAACUUGCAUGAAGAAUUUAGGAUGCUUCAAUACAGGACCUCCCUUCUUCCAUCCAAUCAAUCGGCCGUUUAGUUUCUUGCCCAAGAACAGAAAUUUCAUCAAGACUAAGUUCACUCUCUACACAAGUUUUGAUCCUUGGAAAAAAGAGAUUCUCGUUGCUGAUCAUCCCGAAACCAUCCUGAAAUCUUCUUUUAAUCCCGAAUGGCCCACUAAAAUGAUCGUGCAUGGAUUUAUAGAUUCUUCUUUCCUCGGAACUUGGAUGAAGGUACAAAUGAAGCACGCUUUCUUUUCCAUUGGCAAAUGCAACGUCAUUUUCGUGGAUUGGCCUCUUGGAGCCAUAUUUCCUUACGGACAGGCGACUGCUAACAUCAGAGUAGUUGGAGCCGAAAUAAUCUUCCUCCUGAAGAAACUACAGGAACUGAAGAACAUCAAGUUAGAAACUUUUCACAUCAUAGGACAUAGUCUAGGAGCUCAUGCUGGAGGUUACGUAGGAAAAGCAUUGAAAAACCUAGGAAGAAUAACAGGUUUGGAUCCUGCCGGUCCAUAUUUUCAAGAAGUUUCUCCAGAAGUUCGAUUGGAUGCUUCGGACGCCAUAUUUGUCGAUGUGAUACAUUCCAAUGCUGGAAAGACCAUUCUUCAAGGUUUUGGAACGGACGAGGCAAUUGGUGGAGUGGAUUUCUUUCCAAACAGUGGUAACCGUAAUCCGGGAUGCAAAACAAUUUCCGAAAAGAAAACGGCAAUAACUCUAUACGAUCUCGUAUCUAAGAUUUUCUCUUGCGAUCAUUCAAGAUCCUACGAAUUCUUUAUUGCAAGUAUCAAGUAUUCUGACUGUUUCGUGGGUGUUCCUUGUCCUACUUACUCCCAAUUCAUUAGUGGAAAGUGCAUCUGUACCAAAGACGAUCCUUGCUUGCCCAUGGGUCUAGAUGCUGAUAAAUAUAAUCUACUGAGAAGAAAUUCUUCUCGCGUGUUGUAUUUAGUUACUGAUGACAAGUAUCCUUACUGUGGUGAGUAG